AUGGAAGUGGGUUGGGGCUGCUGCUGGCGAAUUCUCGGUCAAAGAUGUGAAGCGUCUCUUGUCUAUGGGGAGAUGCAUAACGUCGAUUUCGUCAUGGAGUGGAGCAAUCUGGUUCCGGCUAAAUGUAAUGUUCUUGCUUGGAAAGUCGAGAUGGGUAAAAUUCCCACCUUGGCUGCCCUUGUUGAGCGUAGAGUGGAUAUUGACGAUACGACCUGCAUUCUUUGUAACUCGGGUGAAGAAAAUGCUUAUUAUCUUUUCACUAUAUGUAUCGUUGCUACCCAAGUUUGGUUUGCAGCUUCUAGAUGGUGCAAGAUUGCUCCUGUCAUCGCGGCGUCGGUCAAGGAAGUUCUGGAAGUGCACAAUCAGGUUGGUCUUGCGGGUAAAGCUAGAGACGUUUUCUGCGGGAUUGUGAGAGUGGCUGUAAGACCCUAA